UGGGAGGUUUCAAACUUCUGGCAAAACACACAUGGCGGACUGACUUUAGCCACUAGAAUUCAAAUUCCGGUAUUCGUCGCUCCCUUACCAGUCCUGAGCAAUCAGACUUAUCUGAAAGAAAUAUUCAUGAACAAAAACGGUUUAGCGAGGCAAGAAUAAAAUGGCCAUCAAUUGUGACCUAACCAGACGACAACUCAAUAACAACAGUUUUGAAGUAAAAGACAAUUGACCCAAAACAAAUCCAGAUUUCAUCGCUAGCGAAGUCACUUCCGGUAGGACCAAUCGGAAGUUGAAUACACCAACCGCUGGACAAUUGUCAGUAUGCUCAGCGCGGGAGUUUCUUCGAUUCAAAUGCAAAUCCGAUUCGCUUUCCAAGGAUUUUUGCCGGCAAAGACAACGAAAAGUCUGCUCCGAUAUUUCAGAGGCAAAAUGCUUGGUACAAACGGAUUCACUACAAGCCCGAAGAAAGCCCUUCAGAAUGGCUUCACUAGGGGACAUGAUAUGAGGAAAAUAACGGUUGCUAUUGAGGGAAAUAUCGGAAGUGGAAAAACAACGCUACUGAAGUAUUUUAGGCAAAACCCAAUUGUUGAGAUUUUAGAAGAACCUGUUAAAAAGUGGCAAAAUGUUGGUGGGAGCAAUAUAUUGGAUCUGAUGUAUAAAGAUCCCAAGCGAUGGAGCUACAUGUUUGAGUCUUAUGUUCUUUUGUCAAUGAUGAAGUUACACCAUAAUACACAGAAGGCCCCUGUGCGACUGUUAGAAAGAAGCGCAUACAGUGCAUACUUCUGCUUCAUAGAGAAUCUCCACAGAAAUGGUUUGGUAACCUCUGUGGAAUAUAGCAUCUUCCAAGAGUGGUUUGAAUUCCUGCUUGAACAACAGAAACCACAGCUGGAUUUGAUAAUUUAUUUGAGAACUUCACCUGAGAACUGCAUGAAAAGAGUCAAGAUGAGAAGUAGAUCAGAAGAGAGUACAGUUUCAAUGGACCUGAUUCAGAAUCUCCAUGAAAGGUACGAGGACUGGCUGAUCCGAAAGACCAAGUUCCAUGUACCUGCGCCAGUUGUUGUAGUGGAUGGAAACCAGAGUCUUGCUGAAUUAUUUGAGUUCUAUGAUGCAAAUAGCCAGUUACUUCUAGGUAUUAAGGAGGUUGAAGUUGCAGAGUAAUAGGGCAUACAUUAGAGGUAGUGAAAUAUUUAAAUUGUACAUUGUAUAUAUGACAUUUCAUCCACUGAGUGCAUAGCAUAAGACCCUGAUGCAACAUCUAAGUGUAUAGUUUACCAUUAAUCUUGUCCACUUUGGCGACAAGCUAUUUCUACAUACAUGCUACACCAUGUACUGAAAAUAAUAUACAUUAGCAUGUGUUAAUAAUAAAUUUACUUGGAUAUUUACUGUCUUCAACCAAGCACUGCCCACAAUUAAGUGCACAAUAUGAAACAAUCCUUGCAGCAGCCAUUUUGGUAAAUAGGGUAUAUUUUUAAAAAAGUAAUAAUACAUAUUUUCUUUAUUAGUUUUAAUUUGAAAUAUUUACUGGAUUCUCUGUAAGGAUGAUGCAUGUUAUGUUACCCUGGGUACCAGGGUAAUGUUGUUUCUAAAACAGAUGCACAUUUUUGGGGGGGGGGGGGGAUAAUCACAUGAAAUGUUAGAUGUUUCACUAUAAAGGUGUACAUUUUUAAUUACUGACAAUUCAGUCUUUUGGCAUUAAAACAUCAUUAUGCUGUAUAGAUUCAAACUGUAAAAAGGACUUUUAAAAAUACAAUCAGCAGCAUUUUAAAAAUAUUUAUGCUUUAACAACAAACAGGCAUUUUAAACUACGAGACUGUCUUAUUUUCUAGUUACUGUAAAAUAUGAUUUCUUCAAUAAAGAUGUUUCAAUUGUG